AUGAACGACAGCGGCAGUUCCGCCACCGUCGCACCAGCGACGGCGAUCUCGAGUAUCAGGAUGGUGCCUGACCAGUCAUCAGCAUCAGCAGCACAACAGCAGCAACCUGACGCAACAUCACAUCUAGCAGCAGGAGGUUUAAUGCCGCCGCCUUCUUCAUCAGACCUCACUCCACCAUCGCCAUCUUCAGUCUACCAAUCCGCCAGCAACUACAAUAACAACAUCGACACAGAAGUAUCCUCUUUGUCGUCUGAGGGAGAAGCAGACGCAGCAAAUGCGCCUCACGGCCGGAAAAGCAUCACCAUCACUCGAACGCUCGACGUUGAGUCCGUCUCGACGACAGCGGGAUUGACGCCAACCAAGUCAGCCAGCAUGGAGCCGCUGAGUACAUAUGGUGGCAGCGUCAAUCAUUACUUUGCUGGCCCAGCGACUUCGAAUGGUCAUCAACGUGGGAUCCGAUCGGUGAAUAGCGUUGGAUCUUUGCUGCCAAGUAUCCCGAAGAUGAGUGCUAUUGACCUUUCUCGGCCAGUUGAGCUUCAGCAGCACCAGCCUAUGCGUUCGCGUCCAUCGACCGCAGCUGGAGUAGCAGAUGCUCAGCAACGAGAACCCAGUCCACCACCUGUUCCCCAGUCGACCGUUCCUAAACUCCCACCAUUCAGGCAAUCUAAGCGCUGGGCACGCACAUACAUGUGCGGCGAUCCUUCGCCUUCAUCCACAUCCCGGCCAAGAUCACAAGGCCAGCCGGGUCACGAACGAGUCAUCUCCGAAGAGGAUCGGCCCAUGACUCUCCGCGAGGCCUCCUUCGAGCAGCAGCGCGCGAUCUGGAAGCACGCCGCUGCGAUGCCGUCUGACACGCAACCACCUGUGCCCGUCCUCACGCCGGCAGAAGCCGGCGCAGCAGCCUUCUCUCAGUCUCGGGAGAUCGUCACUCUGCGCGAGGCAGUCUCUACCGCCCAGCCCCAACAACAGAUACAGCCUCAACAGUCACCAGGCGAGCAAGGUCAGCAACCUUCCGACUCACCACGGAAACCACACGACGACACCGCCUCAAUUGCCACCAGCGCAGCGGCCCAAAGCCAAGGUCUCUGCCGGCCCCUCUCCUUGCCUAGCACAUGGCAGCUCGUUCGCGCUUCCCGCGCGGGCCGCUCCUCGUCGUCGUCUACUGGUAAUGUAUUCCGGAAGCUCACGCUGCAUCGCUCUACGGGCACGACGAAACACCAUCGUCAGCAUAAGCGGAAAUCUUCUGGCGACCCUCGAGCCACUAUUGACAAUGGCGGCAUCACAGUAGGCGGGCCUGCUACUGUUGGCAUCAGGGCAUCAACAUCCCGCUCCUCACAGCUACCACGAAAGCGAGCAAUGAGUGAUCUACGUAAGCGCGCCGCUGGAGUGGGCGGAAGUACGGCAGUAGCGCGAAGACCGCGCUCUCCUCCUCAGCCCCAUCGCCGUCGCACGCCUUCGCCCUUCAAGCGGCUUCGCACACCAGCUGUGCACAAUAGUGUUGCCGCUUCCGCCCCGACAGACAUUCCUGCUGUCGAGGAGUCACAACGACCUUCAGCGCGACCCGCCUCGCCAGUCCCAUCCCUCCACGACCCCGAGAAAGCCAAGCGCUUCUCAGAAGAGUGUGAGGAGAUGCUGAGCAACUCGAACUUUGAAAAGGAUUUCAUUAGCCCUUCGGUGCCCGUAUCGAGGUCGCCAACGGAUGCGUCGAAGCAGGGUACCGCCGCCGCGGCAGGCGGUGCUGAUGGUGUCACGACCAACCCCCAAGCCUCGCAGAUGGGCGAACGAUGA